UCAACAUCUCUCAUUAUCUCAUCAGAUGCACACAGGAAGUUGUAGUGAUAUCAUCGGGACUAUACAUCAUCCCAACAGUGCCGGGACACUGCAUUCACAGUGCCUCAAGUGCAUAUCUUGGAUUACCAACAGCAAAUAACUAAACGCAGCACCUGCUCGUGUGUGCUCUUGCCUGCGUGCGGCUCAAAUUCUCGCCAUUGCUGGCAGCUCCACUUGUAGAUGUCCUGAAUAAACAAGCACCCAACAAGUGAAGUUACCUAGCGCCCGGUCACCAGAACGAACCUCUAUCACCCAUCACCAAUUUUGAGCCAUUUUCCUGCGCGUCACUGCCCAAAAUCGACACCAUGUCUUAUACCGACGAUGCGGUGCUUGCCAAGCUUUCUACUCUGUCCGAGACUCAGGACAGUAUAGUUGCGGUAGCUCAGUGGAUCAUGUUCCAUAGGAGACAUGCAGAUCGGACAGUUCAGAUAUGGCUCCAGCGCCUGAAAGACUCGUCAAGCCACAAGAGACUCAACCUGGUCUACCUCGCCAAUGAAGUAUGUCAGCAAUCUAAAGUCCGAAAGAAGGAAGAUUUUCUUGUUGCUUUCUCGCCCUUCAUUGCUGAAGCAGCCUAUACGGCAUAUAAGGGCGCACCCUCCGAUGUUCAGCAAAGGCUCCGCCGGGUCAUCGAUGUGUGGAGGGAGCGCGAUGUCUUUGAAGAGCCAAUUCAAGCUGCCGUAGAGGCCCGUAUCGAUGAGCUAGACAAGGCUCGUGGUGCUGGCAAGACUGGCUUCAGCGGCUCCAUUUUUGGUGGCUCUUCGUCACUGCCAACGGAAUUGAACUCCCUUGCCGCUCCCCAGCUCAACGUUACCAAACUCCAGCUCCCAACGAAAACAUCGAUAAGCACCGCCAACCAGGAUUAUAGCAAGCUCAUGGAUCCCGGUGCCUCAUUUCCAUCACCACCAGUCUAUGCGGCCAGACUCAACGGAUUGCUAAAGACCCUCGCUAAUGCCGAAGGGGCAGUUGAGCAGUGCGUCAAGGCUCGGAAGGCGUUGGUCGGCGAACUCCAGAAGAUUCUGGAUACCAACAAGGCUGCAUUGGCAACGGAUGAGGAGCAACUGAGCACAUUCAAGAAGCGCAAGAGAGAGGUCGACGACAAGAAGCGCGAUGUGGAGAUGGCCAUAAUGCAAGGACUCUCGAGCGAUGAUCCGAUGCCACCUAACCGCUUGGCUUCACAGCCCGCUCCUGAGCCCGAGAGGCCGGAGAUUGAAGCCCUCACACCACCUGCUGCGGGGCCCGAGUUCCCGCAGCAACCCGAGGAAGCCGUGCCGGCAUUUUCUCCAGAGGUUCCCCAAGAAGCAACAUUCCAUCAAGCAGCUGCUCCUGGUAUCGAGAUGCUCAGCAGCAUAGCUUCUCAGUACAAGGCGGUACCAACAACCACAAAUGGGGCAAAAAAGCGUAGGCUGGACUGUAGUGACGAUUUUCCGGACCUAGGAGGAGACGACGGGAUUGAUGCCGACGUAACGGAGAUGCUUCGUAGGGACAGCAGUGGUGCUUGAUUCGGGUGUUGAUGCAUGGUAAGCAAUACAGGCCAGGUGCCAAGUCAGCGUGGGGAAUUUAAAUUUCGGCCUUUAAGGAUCACUGCCGUUAUCCUGCUUGUGAGAUAAUUUACUGUGUUAUUACCAUUGAGACGUGCAAGCUGAAGCACUGCAGGAGCUUAAUAGAUUUGAAACAUGUAAACGAUUAUCCAAGUUUGCACCUGGAGCUUCCACGUCUGAUUUAAACCCACACCCUUUCCUUGAAAGACCCUUGCGUUCAGUCAAUGAAAUACCUUGUUUUAGCACAUCGCCAUGGAAGAGCAGUUAAAAUAGCCCUUGCUCUGGGCUAGCCCAAAGAGAG